AAAGAGAGAGAGAGAGAGCGAGAGGGAGGAAGAGAGAGGGAGGGAGGGAGAGAGUGUGUGUGUGUGUGUGUGUGUUGUAUGUGAGUGGCUCUGCUUUCCUCUCUCCUUUCUUUGUGAAGCUGAAGUAGCUAGCCAGAGCCACAAGCAAGCAUCCAGAGGAGGGGCAAGCCCAGAAGCCCAGUGAGGCCACACAGCAAACUAGUGAAAUCAGGGUCACCCACAUGCAGUCAUGAAUGACAUCAAACUGGCCCUGCUGGGCAGCGAGGGGACGGGAAAGUCAGCCGUGCUGGUGAGAUUCCUGACCAAACGCUUCAUUGGAGAGUACGCUUCCAAUGCUAACUCUCUAUACCACAAGAGGCUCUCAAUUGAUGGCAGGCAGUUGAACCUGGAUGUGUUUGACCCCUGCUCAGAGAGUGCAGGGAGCCGCUGUAUUACCGAGGAACCUGUAGACUGGGCUGAUGGGUUUGUGGUGGUGUACAACAUCAGUGACCGGCCCUCCUUCCUCCAUGCCAUAGGCAUCCUGCAGCAGAUCAAAGAGGCAAGGGUGGAACCAUACAAAGGGGAGACAGAGGUGCCAAUCUGUCUAGUUGGAAACAAGCAGGACUUGUGUCAUGCCCGUCAGGUGGAGGCAGAGGAGGGCCGCUCCCUGGCGCUGGAGAACAAAUGCCACUUCCAAGAGGUCUCUGCCUCAGAGGGAUACCAGGAGAUCGCCAACCUUUUUACCUGGCUUAUCCGCCAGGUGAUGGAGCAUCUGAAGUAUAGAUCAGACCGCCGGCGGUACAGUGGCUCAAAGUCCAUGGCCAAACUCAUCAACAAUGUCUUUGGCAAGAGGAGAAAGUCUGUAUAAAUGUUGACCAUCUUUAGAAACAAAUUCAUACAAAUGUAUAUUUAAUCUUGUUGUAGCCUACGCACAAAGUUAAUUUGUUUCAAUGCACUGCGCUGAGAUAACGCAUUAAUAACUAAAAUAAUCUUCGUUAAAGCCUUUGAUAAAGGUGCAGUCCAUGAUUCUAAACAUAUACAUUUUUUGUCCAAAAAACUCUAGUGUUCGUACACAGUUUUGGCUCUGUAAAUGGGAAACAAACAUAAUGGCUUGAACCAAGCCAUAAACAAUUCCAGCCAAUCAACUCAUUGCUUCAGGAUCAUAGAGGGGAGGGGUGUAAUGUCAUAGGCUGUUUAGAUUAAAUCAGAGAUGCUCUGGAUUAAAUACAUCCUACAUCCAACAUCCAACAUCCUUUUGCCAGAAUUACAGACUGCAUCUUUAAUUCUGUAAUUCAGCAGCUGCUUUCAUGCCAGUGUAUUUGCACAGCAUAUCCUACCUGAUGCAGUAACUGAGAUGUAGUUAACUUCUUAAUAGUUCUUCUGAAUAAUGAUUCUGUAUUUUAAUUCUUUUAAAAAGGAAGUAGGAAGAAAAUAGAUUAAAUAUUAAUAUUUGUGUUGGAUUCAGAGCACUAUAAAAUUAUUAUUAUAUUGUCUGUCUCGUCUCUAUUUUAUGUCUGGAGUCAACCAUAUUGCUGGAGAAAUAACUGGGUUAGAUGUCAUUAUUCUGAGCUAAAGGCCACAUGCACAAGCCUGCAUUGUAAUAAAUGUCUGGAUGAACCUUG